AUGAAACACAAGUCAGCGAAUCUAGGAGAAAAGGUCACCUUACAUCCUGCUGUACCUAAUGCUAACAACGAAAGCCAUAUAUGGUUAUUGAAUAAUUGUCGUAUUGGCCAAAUACAACCGGGACAAGAGCCUGUUGUUUACGAUCCGAACUACCAACUAAUGGAUAAUGGUGAUUUAAAAAUCUCAAAGAUGACGAAACAGUUGGAAGGCGAAUAUGAACGUGUAGGUGAUCCCCCCAUUUAUCUUAGAGCAAAAGGUAUAUGGAAAAAAUAAGAAUUUUUCAUCUAAUAAAUUUCAUCUAAAUUUAAAAGCACGUUUAUGCAUCUUAUUUUCUUUUUUAACCUAUAUACGCAGAUGCUAUUGUGACUGAUGUCAGCAGUACAUAUAAAGCGGAGAAGAUCAUUGACGUUGGAAUACAAAAUAAAUGGAAUAUCACUUGCCACUGUGAUACAAAGUGUGAUGGUAACUGUGAAGCUAAGAUUGAUAAAAUGACGUUAUGUUUUAAAAAGCCAGACGAUGAUCAAUGCACAAAUCUUGCAAAUGCAACCAUUGUUUCAAAACCUGAAACCUGUGAAGCUACAGUAACGUACAUCCAAACAGUCCAAACUUCAAGAAACACUGAUUUGAAGUAUUUCGUUAAAUUUCCACAAAUCCAUGUCUCCGAUUUUAGACCGGGGAGUAGUCGUGAAGUAGACAGUCAAACGUUUUUACUUUCACAAGGUAAAUGUUGCACGGUCCAGUAUAUUAUGGCUUGAAAUUACUGUACACAUGCAUUCAUUUCUAAGAAUAUUCAUGUGACGUAACCUUUCAAAUUUUAUUUUAUCUUAUUAAUUAUUCAUGAUUUCACAUUUUUUAUUUUGUAGUCACAAUGUAAUACACCUUUCGAUAAUUACGUCACAACUACACUGUUUUCAACUUAGGACCACCUUAAAUGGAAUGGAGAGAAGCAGAACAUCCUUCUUCAACACAAUCAUAAAAUUUUUUUGGAUUUUUACCAAUAAAUGUGGAAAUAAGCUUUAACACGAAAACGAGUUCUGCUUCCCUCCCCAUAGCCCGUGAGAAACAAAGUUGAAAUCCAUUCCAUUUAAGGUGGUCCUAAGUUGAAAACAGUGUAGUUGCGACGUAAUUACCGAAAGGGUGUAUUGAUAUUAAUUUCAUUUCUCAAAUAUAUUAGCACCAUCAACUGAAGAGAAUCCUACUCCAAAGUCAAACACAGUUUCAACGAUAACCCGCAAUCCAGGCCAAAAAAACGCCGAACAGUCAUUAAAACCAACCAAUACGCUCUCAAUGACCAGCGGGGUAGAAAGCAAAUACACACAACCACCAUCAAUAAGUACCAACAAUCAACCUACACCGCGUAAGUGUAAAGAGUCGUGUGAACAAACUGAUGAUUUUUUAUUUUGUAGUCACAAUGUAUUUGAUAUUAUUUCAUUUCUUAAAUGUAUUAGCACCAUCAACUAAAGAGAGUACACACCCAAUAACGAAUCCUCCCGCAAAGUCAAACAUAGUUUCAACGAUAAACCUCAAUCCAGGCCAAAAAACCACCGAACAUCAACCAUCAACAAAAAUCAACCAACCUACACACCGUAAAUUUUCGUGUGAACAAACGCAUGGCGAUUGCAGAACACCUGUUAUUGUUUCUAUAUUUGCAGCUGGUGUUGUAAUAGGAAUAGCAAUAGCGAUAGGUUCUUUUUUCAUAUGGUGGUAUUGUCGUAGAUAUAGUUCUGCAAACCUAAAUACGCCAUGCCAGGCACUGCAACUACAUGCGCCGUCUACCCAAGAUCUUAAUGCCAAUGCCGGCAAUGUUAAUCGGCUGUAUGUGCUUUCUAGUGAAAAUCCAGACGCACGAGAUAAUGCAGAGCAUACAGAGACCAGGGAAUAA